CACAGGAGGGAGCCGCAUACACUUUUUUUUUUUUUUCCUCCUAACAGCAUAAUUAACCUUUGGUAGAACGUAUAUUACACCUGUCAUACCACAGGAGUUUCUACUCGUACCUUCCCACAGGUACACAGAUGGUGUAGGAACAAGACUCGAAUAGACGGUGAGAUCCUAAGAGGUGUAUAUUUUUAUGGAACAGCCCAUGCGACAGCCAGGUAACGAUACUAAGUAGUCAUGGAACGAAUGAGGAAAAGGAAGAAAAUAACUAUCCUGGUGAUGGUAUUUUUUUCAGUUUUUAUUUUUUCAAUAUUAUACAGGUUGCAGGCUCAAUGUAGUUUUUUUAUGUUUUACCCCAAAGUUCGGUUUUCCAUUCCGUGCCUUCAAAACAAUGCUCUGCACACAAAUAGCAAGGAAACAUCAGAAUCAAGAAACAGUGCAGUGACUAAAGACUGUGCAGUGACUAAAGACAUGGGGGCUUGGACAAUCCAUCCUGAUGGGAGGCUAGGCAAUCAGAUGGGACAGUAUGCAACCUUAUAUGCCUUGGCCAAGGCAAAUGGGCGCCAACCAUACAUACUUCCAGAAAUGCAUAACUAUUUAGCUCCUAUCUUUAAGAUCACACUUCCAGUUUUGCAGAGGAACACUGCUGGCAGCAUUGCGUUUAAAGAGUACUGGAUACAUGACUGGAUGUCCGAGGAAUAUAACCAUAUCGAUGAAACCUAUCUGAAGCUCACUGGCUUCCCCUGCUCAUGGACCUUCUACCAUCAUCUCCGUGAUGAAAUACUUAAAGAAUUCACUAUACAUGAUCAUCUUAAGAAUGAGGCCAAUCAAGUCUUACAAAGAAUUAAAGGCUCAAAGGGAAAAGUGACCUACAUUGGAAUCCAUGUCCGGAGAGGGGAUUACAUAGAUAUUAUGCCUAAUGUGUGGAAAGGUGUGAUUGGCGACAGAGGCUACUUGGAGAAAGCCAUGGGAUAUUUCCGUAAAAAGUAUAAAGAACCUGUCUUUGUGGUGACCAGCAAUGGGAUGAAUUGGUGCAAACAAAACAUUGACAAUUCUAGGGGAGAUGUUUAUUUCUCAGGGGAUGGAAAUGAGUCAACACCUGGGAAAGAUUUUGCCCUCCUGGCCAGCUGUAACCACACAAUAAUGACUAUAGGGACCUUCGGCUAUUGGGCCAGUUAUCUAGUCGGGGGAGAGACAGUUUACCUCACCAACUUCACCUUACCCGAUUCCGAAUUUUUGAAAAUUUUUCAUUACGAUGCUGCUUAUCUACCUGAAUGGAUUGGGAUUGCCGCAGAUCUUUCCCCCCUCUUACAUUAAGUAGGGUAGAACACCCAAAGUUUCCUUCAUAAUGUUGACUGAAGAUUUCCAUAUUUCUGCCUCAUACAAGGAAGGGUAUAUGAAUUGAAUGGAGUAGAAUAACAUAUUACAAUAUAAUUGCGUUCUAUUAUUAAAG